AUGCAACUGUUACUGAUUGUCCUCGGGUUGUGCGUGGCUGCCUCAGCCGAAGUCUCCCCAAUUUGGGAGGAUUACCAUGAAGAGUUUGGUAUUGCUGAGGCAGCACGUAUCAAGGCCACCGAGGAGUCUAUGGACUUCGACGGCGCGAGGAUCGUUGGUGGAAGUCAUUCCACCCUUGGGCAACACCCUCAUUUGGGUGGCCUGGUAAUUCAGCUGCAAGGAAACAGACAGUCAGUAUGCGGGUCCUCUCUCUUAUCCGCGACCAGGCUGUUGACCGCCGCCCACUGCUGGCGACACGGGAAUUCCCAGGCCAGUCAACUGACUGUCGUACUCGGCUCCGUACGCCUCUUCUCGGGCGGCACUCGUGUGAACACAAGGACUGUUCAAUUGCACGCUAACUACAAUGAGCGGACCUUGAACAAUGAUAUGGCCAUCAUUAUCAUUAAUCGGAUAGGCUUAAGCAAUAAUGUCAACAUUGUUAACCUGGCAUCUGGAUCGAACCUCUUCGUUGGGUCCUGGGCUGUGGCUGCCGGGUUCGGGAGGACCAGCGAUACCGCCAACAUCGGGCAGAACCAGCUUCUAAGCCACGUGAGCCUGCAGGUCAUCACCAACGCGUUAUGCGCCAACUCCUACGGCACGAGCACAAUCGUGGCCUCGGUGAUCUGCACCGGCACCGCCAAUGGCCGCACCAGCACGUGCAGUGGCGACUCCGGCGGACCCCUGGUCAUCGGCACUGGUGCUGGUAGACAGCUGAUUGGUGUAACGUCUUUUGUGCACCGCGCCGGGUGCCAGAGCGGCCAUCCAGCUGGUUUCAUGAGGGUCACGGCAUUCUUCAACUGGAUCCGUCAACGAAUGUAA